AUUAUAUACUCGUCCAUAUUCUUAUAUAUUAUAUACUCCUACAUAACUUAUUCUUAUAUAUUAUUGGGUAUUCUUGCUGUAUAUAGCCUGGUCUAAACCCUUUUCGUACGAGGCUACUCUAGACGUACCAGGAGCCGGGCAUCGCUUACUGUACCUUCAUAUUUCUUGGCUCCAAUUUCUUAUCCAUAACACAUACACGGACAGAGACUAUUGCCCCUUCCAGACAAAUCCAGAGAGAUUCUGCCUUUCUUUUUGUUUCCUUGCGCUGUGCUUGUACAUUAAUUUGCUGCGAGUUGCCACCACGGUCGCGACAAAUCGAUGAGUUCCUGAACCAGCCAACCCAUCGUCCUACUGCCGUUACGUUCGGCCCUCGAAACCAGAAGCCGCCGCAUUCGAGUUAAACCUCAUAAGAGACCAUGGCAUUUGCCAGCACCUCGCGGGCAAUAUGGCUCAGCACCCUCGUCAUCAUCAUCUGUCUCUAUUUCACCCUUAAUUCCGAAACUUUCAAUGGCAGCACCAUCAUCCGCGUAGGGGGCAAUACCCAGGCGCCCUUCGUCGAAACCCCUUUCACCCCCGAAGAAGCCUCCUGCAAAAAGCUGGGCAUGAUCAAAGAGGCCUCGUGCCCCGUCCCCGAGACCCCCUUUUUCAAGGCCCUCGACUCGGCCAAGACGCCCGACGACCAGCGCCCGCUCAUCACCUACGCAUACCACGAAACGGAGUUCGCGCGCGCCAAUCUCAAGUUCUUCGUGGACCACGCGCUGCACGAUGCGGCGGAUUUCAUCUUCAUCCUCAACGGCGACACGGACGCGGACACGAGCAUCAUCUUCGCAGAGCCCGAUGUCCCAGAGGACCUUCGCGACCUUCUUCCCAGGCGCGACAAGAAGAACAUCUUUGUUAAGAAGCGGCCAAACACCUGCUUCGAUCUGGGCGCGCACAAUGAGGUUCUCAAUAGCGUGCUCGGGGGCGAGGGAUGGAUCGGCAAGGAUGGACCCAUUAAGGAACCCAAGGGAAUGGUGAGCGCGGGGGAUAACAUGCUGUUGAGGAAUAAAUAUAAGCGCUACAUUCUUAUGAAUGCCAGUAUCCGUGGCCCAUUCGUGCCUCGCUGGAGCACCCAGUGCUGGACCGACUCCUACCUCAACCGUCUAACCGACAAGAUCAAGCUCGUUGGCAUGUCCUACAACUGCCACAACGGCGAGGGCCACAUCCAAUCCAUGAUCUGGGCGACCGACCACACCGGGCUGCAGCACAUCCUCACCAAAGCCGGCAUCGGCGAGUGCUUUGGCGCGAUGGCCGACACCAUGUUGGCGGAAGUGCGCACGACGCAGGUCCUCCGUGACGUGGGCUUCGAGGUCGACAACUUCAUGAGCGUCUACCACAGCGAGAACCGCGCGGCCAAGUACGCGCGCAUGCGCGCUAAGAAGGCGAAGGGGAUUAAGCAGUUUAAGCGCGGUGAGGUCGAGUCCGGCGCGGCCGAGGAGGGCGCAAAGGUGAAGCGCGAGACGGAGGAGGAGGCUAAGGCUAAGGAUGCUGAGGCGGGGGCUAAGAAGGAGAAGGAGGAGGUGGAGGCGAAGGCGAAGAAAGAAAACAAAGCCGCAGCUGAAGCCGCAAAGACAGCAUCAACCCACAUCCCCACCGCCUCUGAAGUCGCCGCCGCCAAAGCCGCCGAGGAAGAGCGCAUCCGCCAAGAAAAAGAAGCCAAAGCGGCCGCCGAAGAGAAGGCGCGGAUCCAGAAGGAGAAGAACGACAAGCUCCUCCUGAUCGAGGAUAACGAAAUGCCGGGCUACUUCUGGCGGGAGUGCAAGGACGAGGAUUGGUUGGGGGCGGGGAGCUACUUUGGGACGUUCGUGCAUCCGUAUGAGAAUCUGUUUAUGAAGAGUCAUCGCAAGAUUGAGGAUACGGUGCUGGAUAAUUUGACGAAGUGGCAUGAUGGGUGGGGGUAUGAGAGUUAUGAUGUUUGUUUUUAGAGGGGGUGGGGGAAGGGGGAGGAAGUAAUUAUUGAUGUUUGUGGGAUUGGCGUUUUGGAAGGAGCGGCAUGUGUGUGGUGGUGGCUGAGGAUGGGGGAGGAUUGUUUCCCUCGCCGUUUGGGCUGUUUGGUUGUGUAUGAUGCAUCUAAUUUUUGAUUUUUUUUUAGACGUGGGAUAUGGCUUCUUGAAGGGAAGGUGGUGGUGGUGGUAGAAAAAGAGUGUAUUAUGAGAUAUAUAUCGACUACCUAGCUAUUGUGCUGAUAUUGACGAU